AUGGCCUUAUGGCUCGAGAGGCAAACUAAGCUCUACAUAUUGACAGCAUCGUUAUGUGCGGGGGCUUGGAUUUCGGCUGCAGUGCCCCCCAAUUCGACAUUGGCCGAGUUCGAGCAGGGGAUGGCCCGCCAUGGACAGAAUUACGAGGAUAAUCUUGAGAAGGCAAAGCGUUACAGGAUCUUUCUACGGACCUUGCGCUUCAUCGAAGCAUUCAACUACAAUGCAGCUAAUCGGAGCUACAAAGUGGGUUUGAACCAACUUUCGGAUUUGACCACGGAGGAGUUUCUCGCGAGAUACACUUGGUUCCGAGUGACUUCUAGGAGCUCGAAUUCAUCAAGGGGUACUACUUUCAAGUCCCAAAGUUUGACUCAAGUCCCGGAUAGCAUGAAAUGGGUUGAUCAAGGAGUUGUUCAUUGUGAAGACCUGAUUUUCCGUCAAAUAAGCGGAAUAAGUAAUAUCAAGCUUGAAUUAUCGGGAUUAUGA